AAUAAAACCAAUUACAGGAUCCUGGUGAGAUUAUAUUAUUUGUAGUUCUUACAGUUGUAUUUGUAAAGUAAGCUGUUUGGUUUUGAAUGGGUACAUACAGACCCACAUUGAAUUACGUAAACUAAUAAUAGCGGCAGUAAUUCGCGGACUUGAAAUAUAGUAGCAUCGUGUAUUUAAUAUAUCGUUUUAAAAAUGUAGUGUUAUGAUUGAAUAACUAGUGAAUGAUUCCAACCUUAAAGUUGGAAUUCUCUACAAAUCUGUGUUUAAAAGCAUACGAAAGAUACUAACAAUUUGGUCAUUGUUGGAAUUGUUAAAUGUAAAAUGGUCGGGUCACGAGUGUAUGUUGGUGGCUUACCAUUUGGUGUCAGGGAUAGGGACUUGGAAAAGUUCUUCAGAGGAUUUGGCAGAAUUCGUGAUAUCCUCAUCAAGAAUGGCUAUGGGUUUGUGGAGUUUGAAGACUAUCGAGAUGCAGACGAUGCUGUGUAUGAAUUAAACGGGAAAGAGUUACUGGGAGAUAGGGUGGUGGUGGAGCCGGCGCGAGGCAUCGACCGCAGCGCAGACCGUUACCGGCGCGACCGCCACCACGACCGCGACCGCGGCCGGUCACGAUACGACAGUGACUACAAUUAUAGAUAUGGGCCACCAACGCGCACCGAGUAUCGGCUUAUCGUCGAAAAUCUGUCUAGCCGCAUUAGCUGGCAGGAUUUGAAGGAUUAUAUGCGUCAAGCCGGAGAAGUUACUUACGCUGACGCCCACAAACAACAUAGAAAUGAAGGUGUGGUCGAGUUCGCGACUCAUUCGGACAUGCGCGCCGCUAUAGAGAAGUUGGAUGGCACGGAACUGAACGGUCGUCGUAUUCGCCUGGUGGAGGACCGUCGCUCGUCGCGUCGCCGCACUCGCUCGUCUUCUAGCCGCUCGCGUAGUCGCUCGCGCGGUCGUCGCAGUCGCUCCAGGCGUUCAUCGCGUAGCCGUUCUCGUUCGAAGUCGCGUCCAAAGAGCAAGAGCCCUGCUGCCAAGUCGCGCUCCAGAUCCCGCUCUAAGGACCGCAGUCGAUCCAAGUCUCGGUCGCGCUCGGCGUCGCGCCGCAACGACCGCCGCACCGCGUCCAAGUCGCCGGAGAGGAACGGCCACCGCUCCGCUUCCAGAUCCAAGUCGCGCUCGCCCAAAGCCGACUCCAAGGAGAGGUCCCGUUCCCGCAGCAAGGAGGCGUCUCCCAAGCGCGAGGAAAGGGAAGAGCGCCGCGCCACCAAGUCUCGUUCCCGGUCCCGAUCCCGCUCGCGUUCCCGCUCCCGAUCCCGCGACCGCGACAACGACCGCGACCGCUCCGCCUCCCGUGACCGAUCCGGAUCGCGCUCCCGAUCAAGAUCACGAUCCCCGCACCAGAACGGCGACGGUCAAGACAGGGCCAGUACGGACCGCUCACCACGCAGCGGGGACUAGAACUAUAAAAAGAAACAACAGAUUAGAAAUAAGACUAUAUUUAAGACUCUUACAAUUAGGUAUUAGAUUUUAUGAACUCUUGACUUCGGCGUCCGUCUUCGGUGGUCACAUCACGCCGCCUACAC